AUGGGUCUUAACUAUGUUACUCCUAUGGUUGUUAAUGGUGAAAACGUAGCUAAACUUGAUAAAAUGGAGGUAGAUCGAGCUACGGAAAGUUGGCAAAAUGCUUUGAUUGUAUAUGUCAUUGGACAAAAUCCCAGUAUUAUGGCCAUAAUCAACUAUUGUAAAUCUCAGUGGGCGCCAAAAGUAGAACCUAAAAUUUUUAAACAUGAUGAGGGGUAUUUUGUGGUGAAAAUGGAAACGGUAGAAGAUAGAGAUGCUGUGCUGUUCUCUGGACCUCAUCUAUUUUUUGGGAAAGCUAUGAUUGUAAAACAGUGGACAUCUAAUUUCAGCUUCAAUCAGGAGAUUCUAAAAGUUAUCCCAAUAUGGGUUACUUUUCCUAAUUUACCUUUGAACUGCUGGAGUAUGGAUUCAUUGAGUAGAAUUGGAAGUACCCUUGGUGUGCCCAUCUAUGCUGAUGAAUGCACAACAAAACAAUUGAGGAUCUCGUUUGCUAGAAUAUUAAUAGAAAUGGAUGUAACAGGGGCAGUGAAGGAGGAAAUUAAUGUGGAAGAUCCAAAUGGAAGGGUGUUUAAACAACGAGUUAGCUAUGCUUGGCUACCUCCAUUUUGUAAUAAAUGCCAGAAAGUUGGGCAUCUGUGUGAGGAGAGAAAAAAGCAAGUAAAAGGGAAAGUCACUCAGAAGUGGAUACCAGUUAACCAUGCUAAAGAUCUUCAUGCUACAACUCCAGUCUUAGAGGUCGAUAUUGGGGAUGAAAGGGUUACUGAAAUUGUUCCUACAAAUUCUAGUAAUCCUAGUAAUCCUACUAAUGUAACUCCUGUGGUUACGCCAAUAUCCUCUACUCAGAGACAGGAGUUAGAUGAGGAGGGGGCUUGGAAAUUGGUCACAAGGAAAACUAAAGACAAGGGUAAACAAGUGGCUUUUCAAGCAGCUAUAACUGCAGGAAUGUCUGAAUUACAGGUUGGUGGAGGAAGGUCAGCUACUGGUGCUAGGGGUGCUAAGGGACCAAACCCUUAUUUGUCAUAA